CCAUCCCCAGUAAACUCGGUCCGAGCAUCACUCGAAUCGCUCGCUACAGGGGCGGAUUCGACACGCAUGGAUGCGCUACGGGAUGCUGUUCGCUGAUGGAACAGAGGGAAAAAUAAAUAACAGGAAACAUCGGAUGACGCCCACAUAUUUUUUGUAACAUUAUAAGCAGCCGCGGUCGUCGAGUCUGGGCGUUUAGGUGCUUGGUGUCGCGUGGUUGAGCCGGCCUCUUACAGAUCGACAGACAGUCUUCUUGCAGUAGCAGCAUCGUCAACCCUUACCCCCCCCCACCCACUGGCACCAUGGCUACGGCCUCUGUCAAGGUGGCGGUGAGGGUCCGACCCUUCAACUCCAGAGAAAUGGGGAAGGACAGCAAGUGCAUCAUCCAGAUGUCGGGGAACACCACCACCAUACUGAACCCCAAACAGCCUAAAGAGAACAAAAGCUUCAAUUUUGACUACUCUUACUGGUCACACACCACGCCAGAGGACAGCAACUUUGCGUCCCAGGUUCAGGUGUACAGGGACAUCGGGGAGGAGAUGCUGCUCCACGCCUUCGAAGGCUACAACGUCUGCAUCUUCGCCUACGGACAAACCGGAUCGGGGAAGAGCUACACCAUGAUGGGCCGACAGGAGAAGGACCAGAUUGGAAUCAUUCCUCUGCUCUGUGAGGACCUGUUCACCAAGUUCAGCGACACCAACAAUGACAACAGCAAGUCCUAUUCGGUGGAGGUGAGUUACAUGGAGAUCUACUGCGAGCGCGUUCGCGACCUGCUGAACCCCAAGAACAAGGGGAACCUGCGGGUCCGCGAGCACCCUCUGAUGGGACCCUACGUGGAGGACCUGUCCAAGCUGGCUGUCACCUCCUACAACGACAUCCAGGACCUCAUGGACUCCGGCAACAAGGCCAGGACGGUGGCCGCCACCAACAUGAACGAGACCAGCAGCCGUUCUCACGCUGUCUUCAACAUCAUCUUCACCCAGAAGAAGCACGACAUGGACUCAGAGAACACCUCCGAGAAGGUCAGUAAGAUUAGCCUGGUGGAUCUGGCUGGCAGCGAAAGGGCUGACUCCACGGGGGCCAAGGGCACCAGACUGAAGGAGGGAGCAAAUAUCAACAAAUCUCUGACCACACUGGGGAAAGUCAUCUCCGCCUUAGCCGAAGUGGACUCAGCACCAAACAAGAACAAGAAAAAGAAGAAAGUGGAGAAUCAUAUUCCAUACCGAGACUCGGUUCUUACAUGGCUGCUGAGAGAAAACCUGGGGGGGAACUCCCGUACAGCCAUGGUGGCGGCCCUCAGCCCGGCAGACAUCAACUACGACGAGACCCUCAGCACACUCAGAUACGCCGACCGCGCCAAGCAGAUCCGCUGCAACGCCGUGAUCAACGAGGACCCCAACAACCGACUGGUGCGGGAGCUGAAGGAGGAGGUGUCCCGGCUCAAGGAGCUGCUGUUCUCCCAGGGCCUGGGGGACAUCAUCGAGAUAACCCACGCCAUGACUGGGAUGAGCCCCUCCCCCUCCCUCUCCGCCCUGUCCAGCCGGGCCGCCUCCAUCAGUAACCUCCACGACCGCAUCUUCAGCCCCGCCAGCGAGGAGGCCAUCGAGAGGCUCAAGGAAACAGAGAAAAUCAUUGCAGAGCUGAACGUGACGUGGGAGGAAAAGCUGCGACGCACUGAGUCCAUCCGCAUGGAGAGAGAGGCGCUGCUUGCUGAGAUGGGCGUGGCCAUGAGGGAAGAUGGGGGCACCGUUGGCGUCUUCUCCCCGAAAAAGACUCCUCAUUUGGUGAACCUCAACGAAGACCCACUGAUGUCUGAGUGUCUCCUGUAUUACAUCAAAGACGGCGUCACCAAGGUUGGCCGGGACGACGCCAAGACCCGUCAAGACAUUGUCCUCAGCGGCCAUUUCAUCCAGGAUGAACACUGCACGUUCAGCAGCAGCACAGGGCCCCAGGGAGAAGGAAAUGUCAUUCUGGACCCGUGUGAAGGCGCAGAGACCUAUGUCAACGGCAAGAGAGUGACCACCCCCAUUGUGUUGAAGUCUGGGAACCGCAUCAUCAUGGGCAAGAGCCACGUGUUUCGCUUCAACGACCCAGAGCAGGCCCGCAUGGAGCGGGAGAGGACCCCGUGCGCGGAGACCCCCGUGGAGCCCGUGGACUGGGCGUUCGCUCAGAGGGAGCUGCUGGACAAACAGGGGAUCGACAUGAAGCAGGAGAUGGAGCAGAGACUGCAGGAGCUUGAGGACCAGUACCGCAAGGAGAGGGAAGAGGCCAGCAAUCUGCUUGAGCAACAGCGACUGGACUAUGAGAGCAAACUGGAGGCUCUUCAGAAACAAGUCGACUCCCGCUGUCUGGAGACCCCCGAGGAGGAAGAGGAGCCAGAGGAGGAAGUGCCGUGGACUCCGCGCGAGACUGAGCUCGCUUUGUGGGCCUUCCGGAAGUGGCGCUUCUACCAGUUCACCUCGCUCCGCGACCUGCUCUGGGGAAACGCCAUCUUCCUCAAGGAGGCCAAUGCAAUCAGCGUGGAGCUCAAGAAGAAGGUCCAGUUCCAGUUUGUGCUGCUGACAGACACCCUGUACUCCCCGCUGCCCCCUGACCUGCUGCCCGCCAGCGCGGCAAAGGAGAGGGAGAGGAGGCCCUUCCCCAAGACCAUCGUCGCAGUCGAGGUCCAAGACCAGAAGAAUGGAGCCACACACUACUGGACUCUGGAGAAACUCAGGCAGAGGCUUGACCUGAUGAGGGAGAUGUAUGACCGCGCUGCGGACGUGCCCAACAGUGGCGUGGAGGAGUGCGACCCCGCCCUGACCGGGGGAGACCCCUUCUACGACCGCUUCCCCUGGUUCCGUCUGGUGGGCAGGGCCUUUGUGUACCUCAGUAACCUGCUGUACCCGGUGCCGCUGGUGCAUCGCGUGGCCAUCGUGAGCGAGAAGGGAGAGGUGAAGGGGUUCCUCAGGGUGGCCGUCCAAGCCAUCUCAGCCGACGAAGAGGCCCCAGACUACGGCUCGGGCGUGAGGCAGUCCGGCACUGCCAAGAUAUCCUUCGAGGACCAGCAGUUUGAGAAGUUCCAGACGGAGACGUGCCCGGGGGGUCUGCCCUACUCCCACAGCUCCCAGGAGGAGCUGCGCAUCGUAGAGGGCCAGGGACAGUCCUCCGAGGUGGGCAUCUCUGCCGACGAGGUCAACAACAACACAUGCUCAGCUACCCCAGAGCCCCCCCUCAGCCCCCUGAAGGGGCUGGGGCUGGGGCUGGGUCCGGGCCUGGACGCCCUGGAGCUGUCCCAGGAGAAGGCCCUGAGCCACCUGAAGGUGGGGAGCACCUUCACCUUCAGGGUGACAGUCCUCCAGGCCUCCAGCAUCUCUGCAGAGUACGCCGACAUCUUCUGCCAGUUCAACUUCAUCCACCGCCAUGACGAGGCGUUCUCCACAGAGCCGCUGAAGAACACUGGGAGGGGACCCCCGCUAGGGUUCUACCACGUUCAGAAUAUCACAGUGGAGGUGACCAAGUGGUUCCUGGAGUACAUCAAGACGCAGCCCAUCGUGUUUGAGGUCUUCGGACACUAUCAGAAACAACCGUUCCCCCCCCUCUGCAAAGACAUGAUCAGUCCCCUGAGACCAUCCAGGAGACAGUUCCCCAGGGUGAUGCCCUUGUCCAAACCAGUGCCGGCCACCAAGCUCAGCACUCUGAAACGUUCCACCGCCGGGCCCUGCCACUCCAAGUACGACCUCAUGGCCUUCUUCGAGAUCUGUGAGCUGGAGGCCAACGGAGACUACAUCCCCUCUGUGGUGGACCAUCGUGGUGGCAUGCCCUGCCACGGGACCUUCCUCUUGCACCAGGGAAUUCAAAGGAGGAUUACCGUUACCAUAGCGCACGAAACAGGAAACGAUAUUGAGUGGAAGGAAGUGAAGGAGCUUGUUGUCGGUCGCAUCAGAAACACCCCAGAAGCAGAUGAGACUAUCAUAGACCCCAACAUCCUCUCCCUCAACAUCCUGUCCUCUGGAUACUACUGGCCCAAGCACGACGACAAGACCUUCUACCGGUUUGAGGCGGCCUGGGACAGCUCCAUGCACAACUCUCUGCUUCUGAACCGAGUCACCCCAUACGGAGAGAAGAUCUACAUCACACUCUCAGCUUACCUGGAGAUGGAGAACUGCACGCAGCCGACCGUGAUCACCAAGGACUUCUGCAUGGUGUUCUACUCCCGCGACGCCAAGCUGCCCGCCUCGCGCUCCAUCAGGAACCUGUUCAGCACUGGAUGCCUCCGGCCUUCAGAGAGCAACCGGGUCACAGGGGUCUACGAGGUGACCCUCUGCCACGUGGCAGAUAAUGGAAGUCCAGGCAUGCAGCGGCGGCGUCGGCGCGUGCUGGACACGUCGGUGGCGUACGUCCGCGGCGAGGAGAACCUGGCCGGGUGGCGGCCGCGCAGCGACAGCCUCAUCCUGGACCACCAGUGGGAGCUGGAGAAGCUCAGCCUCCUGCAGGAGGUGGAGAAGACCCGGCACUACCUGCUGCUGAGGGAGAAGCUGGAGGCCACGCUGCAGGCGGGCCAAGAGGCGCUCUACAAGACCAGCGACGCCAGCCAGCUCAGCCCCGCCCUGAGCCCCGUGAUGAGCCCCACCGUGGCCGGCCCCCCGGCCCCGCAGAGCCCCGCCCCCUUCAGCCUGGCCCCCCUCAGCCCCGUCCCUCUCAGCCCCAACCAGCGGCAGAGGGAGCUGGCUGCCAAGUGUCUGCGUCUGCUCAUGCACACCUUCAACAGGGAGUACAGCCAGGUGAGCAGCAGUGCCAGUGAGAGCAAGCUGUCUGAGAUGUCGGCGUCUCUGAUGAGCUCCACUUGCUCGGGCCUGAGCACACUCACCCCGUCCUCCACAUGCCCCUCAUUGGUCGAGGGGAACUAUGACAUCAGACAUACUGAGCCCGGUUCAGGGGCCUCUACUCCAGACCUGGACCCCUUCAGCCCGGUGGACAAGAGGAAGGCCCUGCGAGGAUGCACGUUUGUUCCGGACAUCCAAGAGAUCCGCGUCAGCCCCAUCGUGUCCAAGAAGGGCUACCUCCACUUCCUAGAGCCGCACUCCAACGGCUGGGUGAAGCGCUACGUGGUGGUGCGCCGACCCUACGUCUACCUGUACCGCAGCGAGAGGGACAGCGUGGAGCGCGCCGUCAUCAACCUGUCGUCGGCUCAGGUGGAAUACAGCGAGGACAAGCAGACUCUGCUGAGGACCCCCAACACGUUUGCGGUGUGCACGGAGCACCGGGGCAUCCUGCUCCAGGCCAGCAACGACAAGGAGAUGCACGACUGGCUGUAUGCCUUUAACCCUCUGCUGGCUGGUACCAUCAGGUCUAAGCUAUCCAGGAGGAAGUCAGUCCAGUCGGCCAUCUUUUGAGCCGGACGGCACUACAACGCAACAACACAACAAAACAAGCUUAAUUGACCUUCUGACCACCGUGUAAAUAGAUAUAAACAAACGUAUUCAUAGCCCGUUCAGAUAAUGCUCGGUGUAACCCCCUCCCCCACCCGGUCACAAACAACUCUCCAGCACACACACCUGAAAAAAACGAAUCAUCCCAAAAUGGCCGCCUUUUUUACUCAUGUAUUAAUUUGUAUUUUGUUGCUGCCUUAGCGAGCCCUGCACGGUUUGUUCCCCUGCUGACCUCGCCCUAACCCUGCCCUGUAGAGACCACAGGAUAGACGCCUCGCACUAUUCCCCCGGUCAUGACGUUAUCUUAUACUGGAUACUGAAAAUCGUUGUCAGUAGCUGCCCUCCUAUGUCCACGUCAUGAAGUAGUACAUGUAGUACAUCUGGCAUUAUCUAGUUAUUCCCCUGUAGACUCCCCCUCCCCCAUCCCCAAGACCAAUGCUCCCCUCUAGAUAUUUAAGAUGUGGUUCAUUAAAUACCCCUCCCCAAAUAUUUUAUGUACAUAUAAAUCCAUCCUUAUGGUAAACAAACCCGCUGUUGCUCCAUGGAUAUCGUCAGACGAGGAAAAGAGAAAUACCGUGACCCCCUUCUUGUGCAGUCUUUAUCCCAGAUAGGCCCGUGUCCCUCUCUGUGGCUUUAGGGGAGCGAGGGGACAAUAGCAUUCCCUGCAGUGUGUCCUCUUCACCCCCCCCCCCCCACC